UCAGGCGAGCAGAAUGCUUAUGGCAAAAGAAUUAUAUGAUUCUUUGAGAUCUUGAAGUGGGUCCGAAGAAUCCUUGCCACCUAACUUAUCAUGGUUUGGGGGAGUUUGACGAGAAUCCAGUUUUGAUAAAGACAAUUGUGUUUUCCUCCCCAAGUGACUAUACAUUUAAAUAGCUAAAACAUCUGUUCAGCAACAUAGUAAAACAUGUACACUCGGAACGCCUGAGAGAAGAGCCUGCCAAACGUAAAGAGCAUGAGAACCUUGGAUGUCAACGCCUAACAGACUCUUGAGACCAGCCACCAAACCACAAAAACCGACUUUCUUCUUGACUGGCCUCUCUGUCUCUCCCGAUGGAGGCAGAAACAGGGAGCAGCAUGGAGAUCGGAAAGACAGCCAACAGAGGCACUCGAAUCGCCCUGGUCGUGUUCAUUGGUGGCACCCUGGUGCUGGGCAUAGUCCUCUUUCUAGUGAGUCAAGGUUUCUUAAGUCUCCAUGCUAAACCAGAGUACUGCCUGAAGCCAGAAUGCAUCGAAGCUGCUGCUUCCAUCUUAAGUAAAGUAAAUCUGUCUGUGGACCCUUGUGAUAAUUUCUUCCGGUUUGCUUGUGAUGGCUGGAUACACAGUAAUCCAAUUCCUGAAGAUAUGCCAAGCUAUGGAAUUUAUCCUUGGCUCAGACGUAAUGUCGACCUCAAGUUGAAGGCACUUUUGGAGAAAUCAAUCAGUAGAAGACGAGACACUGAAGCCAUACAGAAAGCCAAAAUCCUUUAUUCAUCUUGCAUGAAUGAGAAAGCGAUAGAAAAAGCAGAUGCCAAGCCAUUAUUACAUAUCCUGCGGCACUCACCUUUCCGCUGGCCUGUGCUCGAAUCUAAUAUCGGUCCCGAAGGGGUUUGGUCAGAGAGAAAGUUCAGCCUUCUGCAGACCCUUGCAACGUUUCGUGGCCAGUACAGCAAUUCUGUGUUCAUCCGUUUGUAUGUGUCCUCUGAUGACAAGAUGUCCAACGAACACAUCUUGAAGCUGGACCAAGCAGCGCUCUCCCUAGCCGUGAGGGAAGACUACCUUGAUAACAGCACAGAAGCCAAGUCUUAUCGGGAUGCCCUUUACAAGUUCAUGGUGGAUACUGCUGUGCUUUUGGGAGCUAAUAGCUCCCGAGCAGAGCAUGACAUGAAGUCGGUACUUAGGUUGGAAGUCAAGAUAGCCGAGAUAAUGAUUCCGCAUGAAAACCGAACCAGUGAGGCCAUGUACAACAAAAUGAACAUCUCCCAGCUGAGUGCUAUGAUUCCCCAGUUUGACUGGCUGAGCUACAUCAAGAAGGUCAUCGAUGUCAGACUCUACCCUGAACUGAAAGACAUUGGCCCCUCAGAGAACGUGGUGGUCCGUGUCCCUCAAUACUUUAAGGAUUUGUUUAGGAUAUUAGGCUCUGAGAGGAAGAAGACCAUUGCCAACUAUUUGGUGUGGAGGAUGGUUUAUUCCAGAAUUCCAAACUUAAGCAGGCGCUUUCAGUAUAGGUGGCUGGAGUUCUCACGGGUAAUCCAGGGGACCACAACUUUGUUGCCUCAGUGGGACAAAUGUGUGAACUUUAUUGAAAGUACCCUCCCUUAUGUUGUUGGAAAAAUGUUUGUGGAUGUACACUUCCAGGAAGACAAGAAGAAAAUGAUGGAGGAAUUGAUUGAGGGUGUUCGAUGGGCCUUUAUUGACAUGCUGGAGAAAGAAAAUGAGUGGAUGGAUGCAGGGACAAAAAGGAAAGCCAAAGAAAAGGCAAGAGCUGUUUUGGCAAAAGUUGGCUAUCCUGAGUUUAUAAUGAAUGAUACUUAUAUUAAUGAAGACCUCAAGUCAGUAAGUGCUAAAUUUACUAUAAUUUCUUUUUUUUUUUCUG